AUGAUAUAACGCGUGAUUCAAUCAUUCACCGGGGCGCUGGCACAGGUUACGCAAGGAUUUACUGCAAGGAUGUUGACACUUUGGUUGGGACGGCAUAUCGAACAUGCGAACUCAAUGGGACAUGGUCUUCGCCGGCCUACAAGUGUAUCAUUAACGGCGGCUGGUCUGAUUAUAUCUGGACGUUGGGAGAAUGUUCGGUAACGUGUGGGACUGGAUUGAAGACACAUACGGCAAAUCGCACCUGUACCAAUCCUGUACCUGACCCUGAAGGUUUGGCGUGUAUUGGAAAUUCACACCUGGAAAUUAUAGAGGAAUGUACAUUCAGCGCUUGUAGAUUUAAACCACGGGUAACUAUGGGGAAAACGCGGUACAUAACAAUCACUAGACAUUCUAUCAAAAUGGAGUGUUCCGUAACUGCUGUACCUGAUCCUUUCAUGGUAGUAUGGAUAUUCCAGAGAGAGGGCGAAGAACCACAAUACGUGGAUAUUGAAGGUCCGAGGCAUUCUGGGGCUAAUGUGAACUUGCCAUCAUUGACGAUUUUAACGACUAAUACGAAUGACACAGGCCAUUACGUAUGCUAUGCCCAGAAUGAGGAAGGCGGCGGCUUUGGUGAGACCGAUUUAGUCGUCAGGGGAUUAAGGCCCGUUGUGAGAAUAGAAACACGGCGUUAUGAUGUCGCUAACUACGAGAAUACCACCCUGCAUGUUUCGGUGUUUUCGGAUCCGCCUCUUACCGAUUUAUUUUGGACAUUCCAAUCACUGGACACUGAGCAAUACUUCCCCCGCUUGACCAUUGACAACCGUAAUUAUUCAGGUGCAAGCUUUGUGGAACCUUCUCUGACUGUUAUCAAUGCAAGUUAUUGGGCCUCCGGACACUAUAUUCUGGUAGCGGAAAAUGACAAAGGGUCAAAUGUUAUCUGGGUACAAGCUUUGAGAAUCAUUGGAAUUGGGCCGGAUGUCACAGCAGGAUCUGACGUUAGAACGACGAAUGGGAGUAAUGUGACCAUACCUUGCUCAGUUAGUCCCGAUGCUGUAGACGUAUGGUGGGUGUAUGCACAAGGAAGAAUGCCGGUACACGUAGAUUUGUCAUAUAACCAUCUGGCGAUGUCCAACUUCACUGACCAAUCUAACUCCACUGACCAGUCAAACUCCACUGACCAUUCUCUUAUCAUCACUGACGCUUUGCCCUCUGAUUCCGCAUGGUAUUGGUGUGUAGCAAAGGAUGCCAAUGAAAACUUUGCGAUGAGCAAAGAAACUUUAAUUAAUAUCAUAUGGGAAAAAAGUGAUUAAAUUAAUACCUAUCACUUUAAUUUCCUGAUAAUUUUGUUCUCAAGAAGUACUGAUCACAAGAAGAUCUCUCACGUUGAAGUUCGAUUGAAUAAGUUCGUUUUUCCAAAACAAAAAUAACAAAAUAUCAAAGUAAAAUGCCUUGAAUUCUAAUCCCUCAUGUGAGACGUAUGACACAAAUUUCCAAGUUGAAGCUUUAAAAACAAAAUCGCGUCAAGUUUUAUUAAUUUGAUAUACUUAUACUUAGACAUUGAACAGAAUUUAAAACAACAAUUAUGGUACAGUAAUGUUUUCCAACUGAUUUCUUAACUCGGAAACCUUUCAUACGAUGAAAUAAAUGACUUCCCAAGUACUUUUCUUCAUGUAUAUAUAUGUAUUUGCAACAUUUGAAGUUUUCUUUUUUCAAAAUCGGCAUUAAUUGGACAGCCUACAUGUAAUUGAAUAUUGUUUCUGACGACUGUCUUACGAAAUACCGGACGGGACAAAGAGUUCUAUACGACGGUCAUCCAAUUACGUUCUUAACCAUGGAUGUAAUUUGUUUUGGUUGUGUUCCUGUAAUGAAAGUGUUGAUAUAUACUCGACAAAAAAGGUAAGAUAAAUUGCUCCUGCUGAACAUCUUCGUCUGUAAAUAAAAAAAUGGAAACAUUUGAUCAGGUGAUGAAGCAUAGAUACUCCCCUUUCUCGAUAACCUACACUUAUUCAACGAAGCCUUGCGAAGUCAUUGUCUGACUUUACCGGCCUCUAAAGUUCUAAUCACGGAAACCGUUUAAUCUAGAUCUGAUUUUGGAUUAUAGAUAUAUUAGAUGCCAUGCUGCACAAAAAAAAUCAAUGAGAAAGAGCAAUUACGGUGUUAAUGCACGGUCAUAGCCACUGUCGCACAGCAGUUUGGUUGGCAAUGUAUACAACUAAUCAUUUCUAUAUUCUGUUUCUUGCUUCUUAGUUUCUGAUCUUCCCAGGAGGUUAACCUGUGCAUAACGACCACUGUACGACAAGAUGAGGUCAUUUGAUUUUCUGUUGGCAGGCGAUGUCUAGCCUCUAGUAUGACAUUCAUAUAACCAAGACAUGUCUCCCAAGUGUUAUUUUUCUAUGUUAGGUUAUCCCUCUCAGAGUGACUACUGACAACAUAAGUGAAUUCAAAUGGUCUUUCUUUUUACAGUAUUGUAAAUAGAAGACUUGGUCAUUGAUGUUGACAUCAAACUUCAAACGAUCAUAAGAUAUUAAUUGCAGAACAUAAUUAUGCAUUUCUUUUUGUCAAGUAUAUAGAAUACGAAAAUGAGUCCUCUAGUUCCAAUGGAAAUACCACCAUCCUUGCUGCUAUCACGGCAUCACCAUUUGAACAUCGAUAUUACACCGAUCAAAUGAUAUUCUACAAAUUCUAGUUGAGAAGGCUCUAGAUGUUAUGGUAUUUAUUGAAUAAUAUUCGGCCUGACACCAUUGGCCUACAAUAUACUGUUUGCUUGAAAAGCUGUGUCAUAUCAAAAUAUCAAAUAUUAAACUUCAGUUAUCAAACUACAUGCAUUACAUUAUGUCCCAGCAAAAUGUUAUCGAACUUUUACAUUAUGUCCCAAAAACAGUUCCGUUACUAAAUUAUUACAUAACGUUCCAUCAAAACAGUUCCGUUACCAAACUUUUAUAUUAAAUUCCAUCAAAACCGUUCAGUUACCAGAUUGUUUCAUUACAUUGUAUCAAAAGAGUUCAGUUACCAAAUUAAUUUCAUUA